AUCAGUCCCCGCCCGUCCAGUGUCGGAACACAAAAAUACAUAGUGGUGAGAUGAGUCAGCUUGCGCAAGAAACGAGGGGCAAGCGGGUCCGGAGAAAGGGCACGAUGUGGGAGAUACUGUUGCUGGUCUCCUGUUUCGUCCCUCCCUCUCUGGGACAGGAUGAUUCCAGCGAAGACCAAUUCAUCGAGCAGUCUGAAGUCACCUUUCCCAUCCCGGUGUUACUGAGGGAGGAAGAAGCCAUCCCAAGUGAUUCAGCAGAAUACCCCUCGAGGGAGGUGCCGAGUGUCUCGUUCCCUCUGGAACGUCCGGAUCCGGACAACAUCGGCUCCGUCUGCCAGUACCUGGGUUGGCGGAAGACUUACCCUCCUGGGUCUCUGCCCACCACGGGGUUUGGGCACCUCCGCCGUCAGGCCGACGCGCUACAGAGGAUGGAGGAGAGUUUCGCCAGCUGCUGCCUCAGCUUGGACUUGCAGGAGCGUCUGGAGUGCGCCCUGGGCGGGUGGAAGCAGUCGCUGGAUGAGUUCUGCGAGGAAGAAUUUUCCAUCAAGACCAGGGCGUACAAUUGCUGCCGGGAGCCGGAAGGGGACGAGCGACAUGAGUGCUUUGCCCUGGCUGCCCCCUCUCUGAGCUACCUGCCUCCUGCCAACACUUCGCACGGGAAGACCUCGACAUGUCUGCCUGACGGCACUGCGCCACCGGAUCAGGAAAAUUACAUUUCUCAGUAGCGCCCGCAGCGGGUCUGCCGGGAAGUGGAGAGACAAGCACGUGGUCGAGCAUCGUCUGCGGGGAGAGAGAGAGAAACGGGGAUGUUUAAUAUCGCCGGCACAUGCCGUGAAAUUUUUGCUUUGCAGCAGCAGUACAUUACAAAAUAUAAUAAUAUUAAACUAUAAAUUGCA